UAUCCAUCACCCCUGGAAACAAGGAUGAGCCGGGGGCACCCUGGGGUGGCCCCCCCUCUGCUGGACGCGGGUACCACAUGCAGGGGUCUGCCCUAGACCCAGGGCCCCACCGCCCCUCCAGCAUCGACGCCCAAAUAGACUCGCUCACCAGUAUGUUGGCUGAUAUGGAGAGCGCCGGCCCGCAACGCCGGGGGGAGAGGCAGAACUUCGACUCCGUCCCGUACCCGUCGGCCUCUGGCCCCCCGCAGCCCGGACCCCCCAAAAUGCCUGGCCCCUACAAGCCGGGCUCCUUCGCCCCAAGAACUCGCCUACAGUCCAUCGCCCCAACCUGCCACCUCAACGGCUUCCUCUGGGCCGUCUCCCAGUACGGGGCUGGCUACCUGCGGGUGCCACCCGGGCAUAAGCCCUACCCGCAGCCCAUGCCUGCGUCCUAUACCACAUCGGGGCCGGCCUUUAACGUCCAGGUCAAAGUUGCCCAGCCGGUGCUCGGUUACGGUCAACCGAGGCACCGGGCUGAGCAGGCCUAUGCCCCCCCCUCGCCCCAGGCUGGCCACGGGGCCCAGUACGCCUUGGAGCAGGGCGCCAGGGGGGAGGAGGGCUGGUAUCUGGAGCCGGGGGGUUACGGCAAGAGGCCAGGCAAGGGGGAGAGCUAUGGGGCUGGGGGGCUGGCCAAGCCGGUGGAGGCGUCUGGGGGUCCGUACCAGGCUGCCACUGGGACCCUGGGCAAGGAAGAGACGGCGGUGACAGGAAAGGUGCCCCCUGGUGGUGGAGGAGGAUACCAGCACCAGGCCCCACCGAGCCGCCCGGAGGAGGAGCUGGACAGACUGACCAGGAAGCUGGUGCACGACAUGAAUCACCCGCCGGCGGGGGAGUACUUCGGGCGCUGCGCCCGCUGUGGGGAGAACGUGGUGGGGGACGGGACGGGCUGCGUGGCCAUGGACCAGGUCUUCCACGUGCCCUGCUUCACCUGCACCACCUGCCACGUCCGGCUGCGGGGCCAACCCUUCUAUGCCAUGGAGCGGCGGGCGUACUGUGAGGCCUGCUACGUCGUGACGCUGGAGAAAUGCUCCAGGUGCUCCAAGCCCAUCCUGGACCGGAUCCUGCGGGCCAUGGGCAAGGCCUAUCACCCCCAGUGCUUCACCUGUGUCGUCUGCCACCACUGCCUGGACGGGGUCCCCUUCACCGUGGACGCCACCAGCCAGGUCCACUGCAUCGAGGACUUCCACCGGAAGUUCGCCCCACGCUGCUCCGUGUGUGGCAACGCCAUCAUGCCCGAGCCCGGGCAGGAGGAGACGGUCAGGAUCGUGGCCCUGGAUCGGAGCUUCCACAUUGGGUGCUACAAGUGUGAGGAGUGCGGGCUGCUGCUGUCAUCGGAGGGCGAGGGCCGCGGCUGCUACCCCCUGGACGGGCACAUCCUGUGCAAGUCGUGCAGUGCCCGGCGCAUCCAGGAGCUCUCCUCGAAGAUCACCACCGACUGCUGAGGGCUCGGGGGGGCUCAGCUCCCUGCUCACCCCCAGGUCUCUGCCCUGGGUGGGGGCUCUGUCUGCCCUCAAUGCCAGCAGCUGCUUCAGUAUCAGUCA